UCGGCGCUUCGCGCGACCACCAGUCAAUCCCUAGAGCGCUGACCGGAGCGAUCGAAUCGCGAAAGCUUCGAACACAAACUCAAACACACGAUAUCACGGCGCGCGAACUGCAUCGCGCGUUUCCACGGACACAACUCAAGACAAUAAAAGCAGAGCAACAUGGCAGAUACACACGGGAAGAUAGAAGAUAACCCGAAGAUAUUAUCUGGGCCUGUCCUGACUAACUCUCCAAAUGCGGUGCUAUCGAAGACACUCCUGGGCAGGUACAACGACCUGCCCCUGCCAGCUGAUAAAAUCCUGGCCACGUACAUAUGGAUCGACGGCACCGGGGAACACUUGCGGUGUAAGGACAGGACGCUGAACUUCAUUCCAAAAGUACCAAAAGAGCUGCCCAUUUGGAACUUCGACGGUAGCUCCACAGGCCAAGCCGAAGGUCACAACUCCGACACAUUCCUCGUCCCGCGUGCCAUCUACAAGGACCCCUUCCGCCGCGGAAACCACAUCCUGGUCAUGAGCGACACCUACAAGUACAACAUGGAACCCACAAGCAGCAACAACCGUGUCAAAUGUCAGGAAGCAUACGACAGGUGCAGCGAUGAAGAGCCGUGGUUCGGUAUUGAGCAAGAGUACAUCCUGUUGGACUCAGACCUGCGCCCCUUCGGGUGGCCACCAGGCGGCUUCCCCCCACCACAGGGCCCUUACUACUGCGGCGUGGGCGCCAACAAAGUCUUCGCGCGUGAUCUUGUAGAGGCACAUUACAGGUGUUGCCUAUUCGCUGGAGUCCCAAUCUCUGGCACCAACGCGGAGGUCAUGCCCUCACAGUGGGAGUUCCAAGUGGGGCCAUCGGUCGGUGUGAGCGCUGCCGACGACCUCUGGGUCGCCCGAUACAUUCUGCACAGGCUGGCCGAAGAGUACGGCGUCAUCGUGUCCUUCGACCCCAAGCCGGUCCAGGACUGGAACGGAUCUGGCGCCCACACAAACUUCUCGACGAAGAAGAUGAGAGAAGAGAACGGUAUUAUUGAGAUCGAGAAGGCGAUAGACAAGCUGUCUAAAGUGCACAUGAAGCACAUCAAGGUGUACGACCCGCGCGGCGGGAAGGACAACGAAAGGCGUCUGACCGGCCUCCACGAAACCGCCAGUAUUAAUGACUUCAGUGCAGGAGUCGCAAGCCGCGCCAGCAGCAUCAGGAUACCGCGCGCGGUGGCUGAAGAGAAGAAGGGUUACCUGGAGGACCGACGACCGGCCUCCAACUGCGACCCCUACGCCGUGGUCGACGCUCUCAUGCGCACCUGCAUACUGAACGAAUAACACACGAGCCCCGCGCACUAUACCACGCCCGCGCGAGCUAGCUAGCACCGGCCCAGCGCCCACUUUGUGCCUAAGCAUUACCUAUGUACCUGGUCGACACCUCGUUUACCAUAAAACCGUCUGUUUUUCAAUAAACUUAUGAAGCAAUGCAAAUCGUACCCGCCUCUGCAACGACGUCGUUGCUCGAAAAAUGCGAUAAAUCUAAGCAAUGUUCACAAUCUUUGCAAAAAUGAAAAACAGACUAAACCCUUAACACAAGCAAUGUAAUCAUCGCAUUAACAAUAAACUAGAUAGUGAUUCCAUAGGACUUCCAUGUAACUUGUACCAAGUUAUCACGCAGAUCUUCCAAUAGAUACCACGACGACCUACAGUUGAACCCGACUGUUUACGACAACCGUCGUGACAGCACGUGGAGUUAGAGGUUCGCGAGAUAUGCAUAAUAAGCACAUUAAUAUUUAAUUAAGAUACAGAGCCACGGCAAUAAUUGUAAAUCAGUCCAUAGUUAAAUUAAGCAACAGAGGUACUAAUAACCAUAGCCUUGCACAGUGCCGCACAGUAAAUUUUAUAUUUUUUACUUUACUUAAUACUAAUGUAGUUUUAUGUAGAAUAUAAACGCAAGCGUAUUUGAAAGCUAUUGUAGCACGCAGUAUGGACUAAUUAGCAAUGCUAGAGGUAAAUUUUAAUGAAAAAUAAUAUAUUGGCAUGGCUAGAUUAGAAGCAGGAACUAUGUCGAAGCAACACAAAAGCGGGCACGGGUUAGCAGUAGUGCGUUACAAAGGACCACAUAAGAUAUUAUUAUAAAAUAAUAUUAAUAUACUAGAUAUAAUUUCUACGAAUAUUAUGUGAUAUAUAAAUUUUAAUUGUUACUUUUGAUGUUAAAUAGUUUAUUCGUAUACAAAUAACCACAUAUCAUUAUUUCUAACAUAUUCAUUUAAUGCCUAGGUGAAUAAUUGAAUUUUAGUCAAGUGAAUAUUAACCCGAAUAAUUAUUGGAGCAGUUAUUUUAAACGAUGUUUAUUAUACUAGUUGCAUUGUUAGAGCAUUAUUUACUGGCAACUAUUACGGAAGUUGCAUGAUGUUAGAGUAAUUUAUAAAUCUUAUGAAUAUAACUGUCAUACAAUAAUAUAAUAGAGUGUAUGUGCUGCGAACUAAAUAAUGGCCUUUCGUAUUUUAGCACUUAUGAGAUAAAUAUAACUUACACCAGAGUACAUGUAAGCACAAUUAAUAGAUUUGGCUCAUGGUAUAUUUAUAUUUUAUUGUGAAUUUUAUAUUUGUUUAGCAUGCGUCCGAAUGUGGAAUGAAUUGACAAAUUUUAUGUCGUUUAUGAAUAUGUUAUGAUUAUAAUCAGAUUGCGAUUGAGAUGUUAUGAAAAAUAAAUAAUACUUUGUUGUAUGCA